AUGGACCUAUGGCGAAGCGAGCCUAUGCAGCGCAUACGGCUGAUGGUCCCUGCCGAAGCAGCCCAUGAGACUAUUGUAUCCCUCGGCGAGAUUGGCCUGGUGCAAUUCGUGGAUCUGAACACGAAUCGGAGCGCAUUUCAGAGAACCUACGCUACCGAGGUCAAAAGAUGCGAUGAGAUGACGCGCAGGCUGCGCUUCUUCAAGGAACAGGUGGAGAAAGAAGGACUCCUGAAAGAUGGUAUCGGGGUCGACAAGGACACUUCUCUGGACGAGCUCGAGGCCCGUCUGGAGGAACUCGAGCGUGAGUUGCUCGAAGUGAAUGCCAACAGCGAUCGCCUCCAACAGAACCGCAGUGAGCUAGUGGAGCUGCAGCUGGUUCUUGAGAAGGCUGGCAAGUUCUUCGAGGAAGCUAGGGACGCUGUCCAGCCAGAAAUCCUGGAAGCAGCUUCGCCUCUUGACCUCAGUGCACCCUUGCUAGAGAAUGCCCAGUUGGGACAGCAGAAGGUCACCAAGGUUGGAUUCCUUUCAGGGCUUGUUGCCAAAGAGAAGCUGGAGAACUUUGAGCGUUUGCUGUUCCGCGCCACACGAGGAAACAUGUUUUUGAAGCAUUGCGAGGUUGGAUCUCUGCGGGACCCAGCAACCGGAGAGCAAGUGGAGAAACAUGUCUUUGUGGUGUUCUAUGCUGGCGAGAGGGUCAGGACAAAGAUAACAAAAAUCUGUGAAGUAUAUGGUGCCAACACUUACCCUUUUCCAGAGGAGGCUGCUCGCCAGCGCCAAAUGGUCAGCGAGGUGACAAUGCGCUUAAGGGAGCUGUCAACAACCAUUGAAGCUGGGGAGAGGCUGAGGUUUGAGGUGCUGAACACCUUGGCUGCCAAUCUCACAGGCUGGUGUGGGAGGCUUAUGAGGGAGAAGGCCACCUUCCAUGUAAUGAACAAACUGUCUGUGGACAGCUCGCGGAAGGUGCUUGUAGGCGAGGCCUGGGUGCCAGUGGAUGCCCUUGAGGAGGUCAAGGAUGCUCUCGUAACAGCUACAGAAGUCAGCAGUGCCCAGACUGGCACAAUCUUGGAGCCCAUGCACCCUGAAGGGCCUCCCCCCACCUACUUCAAGACUAAUAAGUUCACAGAAGGUUUUCAGUCGAUUGUGGAAGCUUACGGAGUUGCCCGUUACCGGGAGGUGAACCCUUCCGUGUUUACCUGUGUCACGUUUCCCUUCCUCUUUGCAGUCAUGUUUGGUGAUCUUGGCCAUGGAUUCCUUAUGCUCCUGUUCGCUCUCUUCAUGGUCAUCCGUGAGAAGGCCCUGGGCAAGGUUCAGAAUGACAUGUUUGAGAUGUUGUUUGGGGGCCGCUAUGUCAUUCUCAUGAUGUCUAUCUUCUCCAUCUAUACCGGACUGGUGUACAAUGAGGCCUUCUCCAUGCCCACAUCAUUUUUUGGGGGCACCAAGUGGGUGUGCCAGGCUGAAGGCAAUGAGACAUUGCCAGACAUCAGGCUGUGUCAGGGAAGAAGCCUGAGCCUCCUUGUCGACGGGACUGACCCUUAUCCCUUUGGGUUGGAUCCAGUGUGGCAUGGAACAAAGAACGAGUUGACAUUUACAAACUCCAUGAAAAUGAAGAUGUCUGUUGUCUUUGGCGUCCUCCAUAUGGACCUCGGCAUCAUUAUGUCAGUGUUCAACCAGCAGUACUUCAGAGACCAGCUCUCUAUUUGGUGUGAAUUUGUCCCUCAGAUACUUUUUCUGAACUCUGUUUUUGGGUACUUGGCUUUCAUGAUUGUGUACAAAUGGUGCCUCAACUCUCACUUCGCCCUCCCAAACCCCUCUGGACCGGGCACAGUGAAUAGGGGAACAGCUGAUCUCUACAACGUGAUGAUCAACCUGUUUCUGAGUCCUGGGACCGUCGAUCCUGCUGGGGAGCUGUAUGAUGGCCAGGCAAGAGUCCAGUCUAUUCUCCUCCUUGUGGCAUUCGUUGCAAUUCCCUGGAUGCUGUUGCCGAAGCCUCUCAUACUGCGCAGCAGAAACAGGAAUGGAAGACAGGAACAGCCCAGUGGUGAAGAUUCAGGCACUGGUGCCGCCCACGGGGGUGCCAAAGAGGGCGCCUUCAGCUUUGGGGACGUCAUGGUGCACCAGAUGAUCCACACCAUCGAGUUCGUCCUGGGCGCUGUGUCGAACACAGCAUCAUACUUGAGGCUGUGGGCACUCACCCUUGCACACUCGCAGCUGAGCGUGGUCUUCUACGACAGGGUGCUGAUGUUGGUGGUGGAAUUGGCCUCUGAUCCUGCUGCGGGGCUGACUGUCAGAUCGGUUCUCCAAAUCUUCAUUGGCUUCUUCGUGUUUGCUAUGGCCACCCUGGGUGUCCUCAUGGUCAUGGAAUCCCUGUCUGCCUUCCUCCACGCUUUGCGGCUCCACUGGGUGGAGUUCCAGAAUAAGUUCUACAAUGGCGACGGUUACAAGUUCAUCCCCUUCAGCUUUGCCAAUUUCACAAAGGAUGACCUGUGA